AUGUCAGAUGGUCCAAAAUUAAGAGACGCUGCCAAGUCUGGUGAUGAGGAAAACGUUAGAAAGUUAGCUGCAGGUGGUCCAGAUGUUGUGAACUACAGAGAUAAAGUUGGAUACACUCCAUUACACAUGGCUGCAAUGUUCGGACACUCAACUAUCUGUCAAAUUCUAUUGGAAAAUGGUGCUGAUAAAACUAUUCUUUCAUCCGAUAAUGAAACCGCUGCUGAUGUUGCAAAGGGUCUCACUAUUAGUAAUAUGAUCAACAAUUUCAAAAAGAACUAG